UGGAGUGGUCGGAUGUGGGCGGGAGCUUGGUCCAGAGUCCCGAGUCACUGCUGUGUUAGCGUGUAAGAGGGGCUAUACAGGGCUCAGUCAUCCUCUUUGCCGUGGUCGCGCGGUCCCGGAGGCCCAGUGCACCUGGCCACGAUGGAUCCGACGACGAUGGUGAAGAAGCUGCUGCUGUCCUCGGAGCGGAUCGUCUGCUGUCUGGAGGCGCAGCUGGCCGGCUCGGGCGGCCGCCGCAUCCUGGCGCUGGUGGAGCACGGCGCCGAGCGCGCCCUGCUCGUGCUGGUGCACUCGGUGGCCGGCGGCAGCGAGGUCGACAUCGAGAGUGUGCUGCCCGUCGCGUCCGACUUCGUCUGCGAGAUCGACACGAACGGCCUGGAGGAGUCGGACCCGCGCCUCUUCGUGCAGUUCCGCUCGGGCGCCGAGUGGCUGCGCGUCGCCUUCCCGCAGGGCUCCGUCACCAACUCGUUCGUCGAGCAGAUCAUGAUGACCAUGGAAGCGCCGGCCGCCGCCGAGCCGGCCGGCCCGGCCAGCUUCACCUGGGUGCGGCAGUACCGGGAGCGGGUGUCGCGCGCGCCGGCUGACACCGCCGUCCGGUCGGUCAGUCUGCCCGGCAUCCAGCCGGUCACGCUGGCUGACACGGACGCGGUGCAGCGCCGGACCGUGCCGGCCGCCGGCGCCCAGUUCACCGCCCGGGAGACGGUCGUCAAGUGUGAGAUGAUGCGCAAGGAGGACGCCUACACGGACGUGCACGACCUCAGGGUGCUCUGUGCCACGUGGAACGUGAACGGCCAGUCGCCGACGCCGACGGAGCCGGUGGCCGACUGGCUGGCGUGUACCGACGAGCCGCCCGACAUCUACGCCAUCGGCUUCCAGGAGCUCGACCUCAGCAAGGAGGCCUUCCUCUUCACCGAGUCGCCCAAGGAGGAGGAGUGGCUGACGGCGGUGCUGAACAACCUGCACCCGCGCGCCUCGUACCAGCGCGUGCGCCUGGUGCGCCUGGUGGGCAUGAUGCUGAUCGUGCUGGUGCAGGACCGGCACCGCGCCUACGUGCGCAACGACGCCGCCGAGUGCGUCGGCACCGGCAUCAUGGGCAAGAUGGGCAAUAAAGGCGGCGUGGCCAUCCGGCUGGAGGUGCACUCUACGUCCAUGUGCUUCGUGAGCGCCCACCUGGCCGCGCACGUGGAGGAGUUCGAGCGGCGUAACCAGGACUACAGCGACAUCUGCCACCGCAUGCGCUUCAACGCGCUCGUCUCGCCCAAGGCCAUCAAGGAUCACGAUCAGGUGUUCUGGCUCGGGGACCUCAACUAUAGAAUCACCGACGUGGACGUGGACACGGUGAAGGACACGAUAGACCGCGGAGCAUUCGAAAAGGUGAUGGAGUUUGACCAGCUGCGGCUGCAGCUGGCCGCCGGCAGGGUGUUCCAGGGAUACCAGGAGGGGCCCGUGACGUUCCGGCCCACCUACAAGUACGACCCUGGUACCGAUAACUGGGACUCCAGCGAGAAGAACCGGGCGCCGGCCUGGUGCGACCGCGUGCUCUGGAAGGGCGACCGCAUCCGGCAGGUCAAGUACACCAGCCACCCGACGCUGACGCUCAGCGACCACAAGCCCGUGUCGGCGCUCUUCCAGGCCGGGGUCAAGGUCAUCGAUCCGGUCAAGUACCGUAAGAUCUAUGAGGACAUCAUGAAGGAGCUGGACAAGUACGAGAACGACUCGCUGCCGCAGGUGUCGGUUGACACCACCGAGAUCAUCUUCGGCACGGUCCACUUCUUCGAGACCAAGACGCAGCGGCUGGUCAUCACGAACACGGGCCAGGUGGCAGUGCAGUAUCGCUUCAUCAACAAAUUGAACGACACCACAUACUGCAAGCCCUGGCUGACGGUCGACCGGCAGACUGCUGUCAUUAUGCCUGGGGAGCGGUGUGAGGUGACGCUCGAGGUGCGCGUGGACGACCGGACGGCGGCCAAGCUCAACACGUGCCAGGACAAGCUGUACGACAUCCUGGUGCUGCACCUGGAGAACGGCAAGGACAUCUUCAUCACCGUCCAGGGCGACUACGUACGCAGCUGCUUCGGCGUGUCCAUCAACGCGCUGGUGCACAUCAAGACGCCGUUCGCCGAGGUGGCCAUCUCCCGCCUGCUGGACCUGGAGAGCCCCAGCCCCAAGGAGCUCACCCACAACCCGUACGUGAUCCCCAAGGAGCUCUGGUUCAUGGUGGAUCAGCUGCAGAAGGAGGGCAUCGGCAAGGACCUGUUCGCGCGCAGCGGCCUGCCGUCGGAGGUGCAGCUGAUUCGGGAGGCGCUGGACACCACGCUGCCGGAGACGCUCCCGGGCAGCAUCCACUCGGUGGCCGAGGCGCUGCUGCUCUUCCUGGCCAGCCUGCCCGAGCCGGUCAUACCCAGCGACUACGUGGUGCAGUGCAUGGAGAGCUCCGACAACUUCAUCCAGUCCAAACACAUCGUGUCGCAGCUGCCGCCUCACCACAAGAACGUGUUCACCUACAUCUGCACGUUCCUACGCGAGGUGGUGACCAAGGCGCCCCGGGACGGCGGUUUGGAGGCCACCGCACUCGCGAAAAUCUUCGGCGGUGUGCUGAUCAGGAGUCCCAGCGCCGCCUGGCUGCAGCGCAACAACAUGUCCCUGCAGACGUUGGAUCGGCGAAAGACCACCUUCGUCUACCACUUCUUAGUCAACGAGAUCGACAUCUGAGCGGCCGUCGGUCGUUUAGAAGGGCGUGUAGACUCAGGAGCCGGGAGCUCGCCGUCGGGGCGGGCCCGGUCGCUAGUACAACCUCGCCGGUCCGGCAGUGUAGCAGUUGCGCUGUUUUUUGUUGGUUGGGUCGGCGGGCGGGCGUUGAAUACUCGGUCACUCCACUUCUGCAUUCCACUCUGCCGCCCGGGCGUGCUUAGCUUAAACGGUGUUUUGUUCUUGACCCGGUUUUCCGUACUGCGGCUUGUUCCUUCAGUCCGACGUGUGAAGGGAAACUCGCUUGCCUGUUGUCUGGCACUGCUACUUUUCAGCGACCGUGCUGAAACGUUGGUUUGGUGGGCCGAGUGGUGUGCUGAUGGCCGGUUCCGCCGUGCUUUGGCUGCCGUUGUCUGUGUUCGCUUCCUAACGUCGCUGCGUGUAACUAACCAGCUGGGGCCGUUCGGGAGGUGGCCCGCUCAUGCCGGAGUCGCGCGGCGCGGUGGCGCGCUCCUGGCUCGCCCGUGCCCCGCGCCUGCCCGUCCUAGGCUGCACCCAGCGCGCGCAAAGCCAGAGCUUGGCGGCCGGCUGCUAACGCGCCCCGGAGGCCGUGAGCCCCGGCUCUGAGCGGCCGCGAUUAGGGUUGGCGGUGGUCGGUCGGAGAUGCUGUGAAGGCGGUGGAUACGCUGUAUUUUUGUACGGGCGGCCAUGGUGAGACGGACCUGGCCGUCCGUCUGUGUCACAAUCGACGCGGCGCGGCGGGGCGGUGCCGGUGAGCUGACCUCGGUCGGACGGAGCGAGCGGCGCCCAGACGGCCCCGCGGCGGUUGUCACACCGCGUGGGGCUCUGACGCGAGUCACGACCUCGGGGCCAGGCGCGGCCGUGUGUGGGGACUGCCGAGUGUCUCCAGACGGCCUGCUCUGUCCAGCCGCUCCGCGCUGGCAGA